AUGGACGCCGCCAAGGAACGAAAUACCAAGCGGGAGGAAGAGGAGGAUAAGUCGGCGGCACCAUCCAAGAUCUCACGCCUGUUCCCCGACUGGUUGAUUUGGUACAAGAAGCCGGAGUACAGGGACUUCAAGGAGUAUGCCACCGCCAUUCGGACGGGAAGGAGGCCCUUGAGUAGGGACGGGAGAGAUAAGAGUCCAAUUCCAGUACGGUUAAGUUUGGAGAGAGUUCUGAACAACCAAACCUGCUCGCCAAUGUCGUUGUAUGACUUCUACAUGUACCUCAAGUACAUCGAGUUCUCGCCCGAGAAUCUUGAGUUCUUCGUCUGGUUCCGCAACUAUGAAGGAUCGUACGCAAAAACUGGAAGUCUCAACAACUUCCCCAUCGAGAAGGAUAUCGACCAGUCUUCUUCAUCACGAGACAGUAUGGCAGAUAGUGCUGUUGAUGCAGCGGGCAUGAAGCUUCCCUCUAUCCAGAUGUCUGAGUUUGAGUGUGAUCCCGAAGCAGCCAACGAGACCAUGACCAACAUCGUUCACCUCAUCGCUCCGGAAGCCGCAUGCAGGCCCAACAGCAAAGUCGGUCCGAACGGUCGCGACCGUAUCAAGUCCUGGGCCAACGCCUGCGCCAAACCCAUCUGCGCCAACAAUGUCCCAGCCGUUAUCCCUACUCGCAUCGCCCCGAACUCGGCAUACCGCGUCGAGCUCAACGCCGUCGUGAACACAUUCCUCGUUCCUGGAGCCGAGAAGGAGCUCAACAUCCCGCCUGCGCUUCGCGAUACUGCCCUCCUCAACCUACAGCACUCCUCCGACCCGAUUCACCUCAAGCCAAUCGCAGAUCACGUAUAUGGCCUCCUGAAGAACUGCUCCCACCGUAACUUUGUCCGCCUCGGUGUCUCCAACGGAACCUUCGAAACUCUCUGCAUGGCCACCAGCGUUGGCAUCGCCCUCACCAUUGGAGGCUUCCUCUGCGUGCUCCUCAAGGCCUUUGUUCCCUUCAUGGGCGCCAACAGCCGAUGGAAUGCUUUUGCACCCUGGCCAAUGUGGUUUGUCGGCAUGUCGCUUAUCUUCUCAGGUCUGCGAGGUAGCUGUUUCUUUCUAUUGCUCUUCACGAGACGUCAGCCUCUGCCCUGGGAACGCUUCGACGACAGCGCCUCUCUUCUAUCGCAACGUUCUGGUCUUAUGAAGUUUGUCUCGCGAAUGAUGAUCUUUGAUCGCAAGAUUCGUGUCAAGGAUGUCCAUCUGCGCAGGCUUCAGCAUAAGAUUGUCCUUCAGGCCAUGGUUGGCGGCGCGGUCUUUGCGUGCUUGAGCACGUUGAUCUUCAUUUUCCUGCCGAUCUGGUCGCAGACGGUGGUGCACCGGAUGUAA